AUGUCGGAAAAAGUUAGAUACUACUUGGAGCAGUCUAUUCCUGAGCUGGAGGAUCUUCAGAGAAAGGGACUUUUCGAGAAGAAGGAAAUAACGAUGAUCAUGAGGAGGAGAACAGACUUCGAGCACCGUGUCACGGGCAGAGGAACAAAGCAGGCUGAUUUCCUGAACUAUGUGGAAUUCGAGAAGAACACAGAAAAGCUAAGAAAAAAGAGAUACACACGAUUGGCCAAGGCGAACCUCAUAGACACCAAACCUUCCAUCUCGGACUGGGCUAGUCAGAGAAGGAUCCUUUUUGUGUUUGACAGAGCCAUCAGAAGGUUUCCCGGUGAUAAUAAGUUGUGGCUUGCAUAUUUGAAAUACGCCAAAGCCAACGGAUCAGUAAAGGUAAUUUACAAGAUCUACACCAAGCUGUUGCAAUUGCAGCCAAGAAAUGUGGAUGCCUGGAUCAGUGCUGCCAAGUACGAGUUUGAGCAGAACACCAACGCCAAAGGAGCCAGAGUGCUUCUUCAGAAAGGUCUGAGAUUCAAUUCAGACUCCCAGAAGUUGUGGCUGAAUUACGCCAAAUUUGAGUUAGUGUAUGUCACAAAGCUUUUAGCAAGAAGAAAGUUACUGAGUCUGAUGACCGAGCAACAGCAACGUGAAGACGCCAAGACUGAGCAGGAGGCCACCAAGGGCGAUCUGAACGACGAUGAGAUUAUGCUUCCUGACUUUGAGGUCAAAGAUAGUCUGAAUAGUCUGCCUGAGGUUGACAUGAACAUGCUGGGUAAUCCAGAGACAAACCCGGCUCUGCGUGGAGAAAUCGCACUCACCAUAUUCGACAUAGCAAUGAAGACGUUGGUGGAUCAGGUUCCUAAGGAUGCUACCAUUGUCACGAGGGAAUCCAAGACCUUGGAAGUUGCCAAUGACUUUCUGACGCUUUUUGACCAGUUUGAGAGUCUUGAUAGACAUAACUUGUGUGGUCACGUAAUUCGUUACUUGAGCUCAGAGCUUUCCUCCAAUGGAAAAGUCAUUCUUCUGGAAAUCACUCUUCCAAUGAGAUAUGUCACCAUUACAGAUUCUGCUUUCGUGGAUAAGUUGCAGCAAUCGGUGAAUUUGCUGUUGAAAUAUAAACCCAGGUGGGGUCGCAAUUUACAAGACGAGGUGACCGAGGGAUUUGUGGCAUACAUCCAACGGUUUACUCAAGAUACAAAUUCUGAGAGGUUACAAAAACUGCUACAAACCAUCGUUACAAGGUGUCGUCAAGCUUAA